CUUCGGAAUGAAGAUACCCCUCAAAGGGCCUCCCAUGUAGAAGAUCUUACCUGUGUCUCUCUAUCAGAAGAACAUCCCUCGAGAAUAGUACAGAUCGGAUCACUCCUCUCAGAUAUAGAGAAAAAAGAAUACGUAGACUUUCUACGUACAAACCAAGAUGUAUUUGCAUGGAGUUUGACUGAUAUGCCCGGCAUCAAUCCCGAGGUAAUCAUGCACUCCCUCAAGAUCAACCCAGCAUGUAAACCAGUGAUUCAAAAGAAAUGAAACUUCGCGCUAGAACGUCAGCUGGCAAUCGAACAGGAGAUUGAUAAGCUUUUAUAAGCAAGAUUUAUAAAAGAAGUACACUACCCAACUUGGCUAGCCAACGUCGUGAUGGUUCGGAAGACAAGUGGAGCUUGGAGAAUGUGCGUGGACUAUACCGAUCUCAAUAAGGCUUGCCCUAAGGACAGCUUCCCGCUCCCUCGAAUCGAUCAGCUAGUUUACGCCACAUCCGGACAUCAGAUGUUAAGCUUUAUGGAUGCUUACUCCGGAUACAAUCAAAUACAAAUGGAUCCUGCCGAUGAGGAGGCAACAUCUUUUCAAACAGAUAAAGGGUUAUAUUGUUACCUGGUAAUGUCGUUCGGGCUCAAGAAUGCAGGGGCAACUUACCAACGACUGAUGAAUAAGGUUUUUAAGAACCUUAUCGGGCGUACCAUGGAAGUCUAUGUAGACGACAUGCUGGUGAAGAGCCUCGAGAAAUCUCAGCAUAUCUCGGAUUUGGAAGAAUGUUUUUACCUCCUCCGAUCUUACAACAUGUGCCUCAACCCCUCCAAAUGUGCAUUUGGAGGCACCUCGGGAAAGUUUCUGGGGUUCAUGGUUACCCAUCGAGGGAUUGAGGCCAACCCAGAAAAGAUCAAGGCCCUAAGGGACAUGCUACCCCCGAGAAAUAUCAAAGAAGUCCGGAGACUAAAUGGAAGGAUUGUAGCACUCUCCCGAUUUUUGGCUCGUUCGGGAAAUAAGUAUUUACCUUUCUUCAAGAUCCUUAGAGGGGCUCGUAGCUCAGGAUUUCAAUGGACUGAUAAAUGCCAAGAGGCUUUUGAACAACUCCGGACUUAUCUAGCCUCACCACCGCUACUCUCAAAGCCAAUUACAGGGGAAAUUUUGUAUAUGUACAUGGCCAUCUCUUCUCAGGCUAUAAGUUCGAUCCUGGUUCGGAUGGAUGAUACGAUUCAACGCCCAGUCUAUUACAUUAGCAAGGCACAUGCGAUCAGGGUUUAUACAAACCUACCGCUGAAAAAUAUUCUCCAAAAACCUGAGGCAUCUGGAAGAUUGAUCAAAUGGUCAGUAGAACUUGGAGAGUUCGAUAUACAAUUCCUACCUAGACCCGACAUCAAGUCACAGGUGCUUGCCAAUUUUGUGGUCGAAUGUACUAGCUACACCUCCGAUGAAUCACCUGAUGUGUCUCCUUCCUCCUCCUACUGGACAUUGUAUGUCGACGGAGCUUCUGGGAGUUCUGGUGCUGGCGCUGGAAUCUUAUUAAUCUCCCUGUGGAAAGCCACACUUGAAUACGGGCUUAGACUGAAGUUCCCAGCAACAAACAAUGUUGUUGAAUAUGAAGCUUUAAUUGCUGGAUUGAGAUUGGCAAUUGAUUGUGAAGUCCAAGACUUAGUGGUUCACACUGAUUCUCAACUGGUUUCUUCUCAAGUAGAAGGGGAAUUCGAUGCUCACAAUCCACUUUUGGCUCAAUACUGUCAGGUAGUUAAAACCUUGUUGGCCCAAAUAGCAAAGCAUCAGGUCAUCCAUAUCCUUCAAGAGCAGAACGCAAGGGCAGACUCUCUCUCCAAGCUAGCAACUUCUACAAUGGGAGAUGUUUUCAAAAGAAAAUUUAUUGAGGAGAUCCACUUCCCGAGCAUUCAAGGCUCAUGGGUACUUCAAUCAAUAGAUGAAUCAAAAGAAACUUCUUGGAUCGACCCCAUUCUCGCUCUCCUACAAGAAGGCUCUCUUCCUGAAGACCCAGCUAUGGCAGUACGACUUCGGAGGCAAGCAGCCAACUUCACCAUUAUUAACGGAGAGUUGUACAAACGAUAUUUCACAGGGCCAUACCUCAAAUGUCUUCCUCCUUCGGAGGCGAACUAUGCACUUCGCGAAGUACACUCGGGCAUUUGUGGGGAACAUUUGGGCGGAAGGGCACUAGCCCAAAAGGUCCUGAGACAAGGGUUCUACUGGCCGACGAUAAAACAGAACGCAUUAGAACUCGUACGGAAGUGUAACAGCUGUCAGUUGCAUGCCAACCUCACUCAUCUACCCGCUGUAGAGAUAACGACAUUACAGAGUCCCUGGCUUUUUGCCCAAUGGGGGAUUGACAUAAUGGGACCAUUUCCUAUAGCCACGGGAUAG